AUUGUCGAAUUUAAUUUAAAGUUUUUGUUCAAACACAUUUAUAUAAGUGAUGAAAAAUGACAUUUGGGUAUUAGAGAUAAUUAGAUUACUUGAAGGCUGAAGUGUACGGAUGACUGAAGUGUUGAAGCGAGUGAGUCUAAAUUAUAGUUGUAGCACAUAUUCAAAUGAGUUGUGGAGACUUAAAGUACCAAAAAUGCACCAAACUCAUUAUCCUCUUUGCCAAAUUCGAUAAAUACCCACCCAAACUAAUAUCUGUUAGAUUUUUCUCGACCUAAUGGAUUCAUAAAAAUAAUAGAGAUUAAGUAGCUACUAGGCACCGAUUUGGUAAGAUUUUUUCCAUGUACAUUUUUUGCUUAUUCCAAAGAGGUAUCAUCACAGAUUUCGGACGAUUUUUUCGAAAGGCAAUUUUACUUGAAUUUCGAAGGCUACAAAACAAGGAUUCUUCUGUAGGCUAAUCUCCACCAAUAAUGAAGUCUAUCAAUUGGUGAUUUGGGCAUAUUUAUUUCGGAUGUCAAUUUAGUAAUUAUUUGGGUGAUUUUUUCGAAAAACCAUUUUCCUUUGUUUUUUAAGGCAACAGAUCACGGAUUCGGCCUAAGGCCAUUCUUCAACAAUGAUAAGUCUAUUAAGCACCAAUUUGGGCGAAUUUUUUUAAGGGCAAUUUUUGGCAUAUUCAAUACCACAACAGCUUUCAGGCGAUUUUUACGAAUGUCAUUUUUUUGGAUUUUAAAGGCUGCGGAUCACAGAUUCGUCCUUGGGUUAAUCUCCACAGAUGAUGAAGUCUAUCAAUCACUGAUUUUGACAAAUUUAUUUCAGAGGGAAAUUUCGUAAUUUUUUGUCGAUUUUUUCGAAAGUCAUUUUCCAUGGAUUUUGAAGGCUACAAAUCACGAAUUCGGCGCGAAUGUAUUCUUCACUAUUGAUUAAGUCUAUUAAGCACUGAUUUGGUCGGAUUUUUUCUGGGUGCAUUUUUGGCAGAUUCCAAAGUUGUAUCAUCAUAAAUUUUGUGCGAUUUUUUCAAAAGACCAUUUUCCAUGGAUUUUAAAUGCUACAGAUCAUGGAUUCAUCCUCAAACUAAUCUCCAUGAUGAGCAAAUCUAUCAAUAAUUGAUUUGGGCAGAUUUAUUCCGAAAGACAAUUUCAUAAUUUUUGGACUAUUUUUUCUAAACUCAUUCAAUCUCUAAGUUUCACUGUUGGCUUUUGACUUUUUGACUUUGUUGUUGUUUCUUUUUUUUAAUAACGUGAUAGCUGGAAUGAACCAGCUUUACACAAACAAACACCUUCCAUCCAAUCCAUUUCUCCUUCCUUACCUACCUGAAAACCCGACUUACCUACACUUCAUUAAUUGUAUUUAGGCUCCCCCCACCCCCUCCAAAUUAGUUAACAAAUUUUGCCCUAAUCCACUUUUUUAAUAAUAAUUUCUCACAAAUCCUCCUGAUAUUUUUUUUUUGUCAUCAAUACUAUUUAUCUUUAAUCCAAUAAAAAAAAAUUCUGAGAUUAGGGUAAAGGCAGAGUAGCACCCACCCUCCACUCUCCUACCUGUCUCACCAACUCGCAUCUAGAAGCUUUUUUUUUUUCCCCCACUUAUUCUUCUCCUUCUCCUUUCUCUCCAAGCAAAAAAGAGUCAAAAACUCAAAAGCCUAUAAAUCCACAUUUCCUCCAAGUCCUCUCAAAAGCCGGCUUCUCCUUCUUCUUUUCUUCUACUUCUCCUUCUACUUAAAGUUAAAGCUGGAUUUAAACUUAACUAAAAGCCACCAUAACCUGAAGCUGCGAUUUGCAGGAAAAGUGGAGGAGGAGAAAAAAAAAAAUGGGGAGGUCGCCGUGCUGCGAGAAAGCGCACACAAACAAGGGCGCCUGGACGAAAGAGGAAGACGACCGCCUCGUCGCCUACAUCAAAUCCCACGGCGAGGGAUGCUGGCGCUCUCUGCCCAAAUCCGCCGGGCUCCUCCGCUGCGGCAAGAGCUGCCGACUCCGCUGGAUCAACUACCUCCGCCCCGACCUCAAGCGCGGCAACUUCUCCGACGACGAGGACGAGCUCAUCAUCAAGCUCCACUCCCUCCUCGGCAAUAAAUGGUCGCUGAUUGCGGGAAGAUUGCCCGGAAGGACGGACAACGAGAUUAAGAACUACUGGAACACUCACAUCCGGCGGAAGCUGCUCAAUCGCGGGAUAGAUCCGGCCACCCACCGCCCGCUCUCCGAAUCCGCCGCACCCGCAGCGGCGGCGGCGGCGGCCGCCACUACUUCGUCGACGACGACGAUUUCAUUCGCCGCGGCGGCGAGCAGUAGGGAUCAGGAAGACUGUAAAAAAGACGUCAAGAGGCUAUCUUCGCCGCCGCCGCCGACGGCGGCUGCGGCGGCGGUGAAGAAGGAGGAGGAGGUGGAGGAGAAGUGUCCGGAUUUGAAUCUGGAGCUGAGAAUAAGCCCGCCGUACUACCAAGAACAGUUCUACCGGGAUACGACGCCGUCUGGCAAGGAGGAGCAGCAGUGUUUCGAUUGUAGCUUGGGGUUGGAGAGGAGCAAGGAUUGCAGUUGCAGGAGCAAGAGAAGACCGGUAAUGGUGGUGAGUAGUAUCAGUAGUGGUGGUGGGCCUGGGCCUGGGCCGAACGGGCCGGCUGCUGGGUUCGAUUUCUUGGGUUUGAAAAGUGGGGUUUUGGACUACAGAAGCUUGGAGAUGAAAUAGUUGUGUGGUUAAAAAAUUCAUUAAUUACCCCUCCCCAGGUUAAAAAAGUAAAUAACUUGGUAGCCGAGGCUUCUUCUCUCUGUCUCUAUUGGGUGAUUAUGAUGAUGGUAAAAAUUAGAUUAACCUACUUGAUUAAGUAGUUAUUUUAUUUUAUUUUUACUUUUUACGGUAUUGCAAUCUGUAUGAUGGUAAUAUCAUAUUUCGUAUGUAUUUAUAUAGAUAUACAUGGAUAUAGAUUUUGUUUCUCAUUGUUUUGUUUUAACUUUACCCCGAGGUAAUAUUCCUCUCCUUAUUUGCCACCUAACAAGCAUAGAAUUAGUGGGUAAAAAAGUUAAAAACACUGAAAAAGGUACGCAUAGUUUAAGGUUCUCAAGGAACUUUUAGAAUAUUUUCAUCAAAGCAUCAUUUGACUGAACCCUAGGAGAUUAAUUAUGGAGUUGAAAGUUGAAACAUCAUCAAUAUCACUCAAUUAAUAAGAUAUUGUUCUUGAUAAGUUAAGUUAAAGAUGUACAUAUUUUUAUAUAUCGAUAUGUUCCAACUUUGUAAUUAAAUCAAUGUAAGAGAAAUUGAAAACUAUCCACGACCAAAAAUUCAACAUAACUAUUUUAACCCCAAGAUGUAAGAUAGAAUAAACGGUAAAUUGUAGGACGGUCACUUUACUCUUUGGUCCUUUCUCUCCUUUGAGGCUUUGCCCCAUCCCUCACUUUCCCAAUAAGGUAUGAACAAAGGAAGCCGAAAUGUUAUUACUUUCUGUCACUAGUUCAUUUUGGUUGUGGGAAACGGAUAAGUAGUGAGAGGAGGAGGAAGGUGGGGGGGAAAGUGGUGGGUAACCCAUCUCUUCAUCUCAACAAGGAAGAGAUAUAUACCAAUAUAUCAAAUCAAAAAAAGAAGUUUUGGAUCCAAAUCUACUCAUUAGAGAAAAGAGUUUCGAGGUAUUGUCGAUCGUAUCGAAUCCUUUUGACAGUUUGGACAUUGGAUGGCUGUCGCGUUCAGCUAAAUUUCUUGAUUAACAAUACCAAUUAUGAUUACACGAGAGGGAGUCAUCACACGACUAACUUUUGUACAAUAAUCGGUGCGAGAAAAAUACACUUAUUUUAUUAUUUAUUAUUUAUUAUUCAUGGUCUUGUUUGUUUAUAUGAAAGAAAAGAAAAGGUGUAGAUUGAAGGAACUAACAACAAGUGGCCAUAAAUAGUACCAAAAUAGAUGGAUCCGAUCCCCACUGCUGCUGUUGCUGCCCAUUCCCCCUUCUACCAACCUACAUUAUUGAUCAUUGUUUUUGCCCAUCCAUCAAUGAUCCAACCAACCAACCAACUCAACCCAAUCCAUUCCCUCUUCUAUUCUAUGUAUGAAUGUUCUUUAUUCAUUUUUGUUUUUUUUAAAUAUGGGGGCCGACGCCUGCCCAGUGUCGGCAGAUCAAGGAAGUUGGUGACUCGAUGACAGUGGAAUCGGCGAUCGAAUCCUGUCAGUUAAGCGGCGACCGUAACUCUAACAGUCCUAUAUUGUUAUUUAUUUCUUGAAAAAAAAAAUACAAGGAAGAAUCUGUAAUGAGGUAAUUAGCGAGAUCAGUAAGUCAGUAUUAUCAUUGCUAUAGUCUUUGAAUGGUGACCCAAUUACAGUAGUUAGUUAAUCAACUGAUUACCACGACGUAAUUAUCUAACCCCCUCUGAUCGAUCUACUGCAUGCUUUCUCGUUGGAACUACAGCAACUCGACACGUAUAGUAACCUAAUUAAUUAACGAGACAUAAACCCCUAAACUUUAAUCCACUAUUAUAUUUGAUACCCUUCCGUUUCCAUGACUUCCCAACUUCAUACCAACCGCUGGCUUUGAUUAUAAUUAAGUUUUGCUCUUAAUUACUGUACUUUUAUUAAAUCUCAUCAGCACCACGAACCUUAAUCUCCGAUAUUAUGGUUUCAGAAAUGUUGGGUUGCUUUAGCAUGUGUAUCUAACGAGGAAAACGUAACGAUGGGUACACAAUGUAUUAUUUUUUUAAUCUAGAGAGAGAGAGAGAGAGAGAGAAUUAAUAAAAAAAACAGAAACUGAAGUUGCUGUCCAACGUUUUGACUUGAUGGGGCCGAAAUGGUAAGAUUAGAAUACUGCUAAUUAUGGAUUAGUUAGCGGGGGGGAAAAAGAAUUAGGGUUUCUAGAAGGGAAGUAGGUAGAGGGCCGGGGGAAGUUGUUUAAUGGAAUAAUUAAUCAAGGCGAUUAAGCACAAACGCCCGCCGAUGAUGUUGAUAUGAAGAAAUAAAAAUAUAUAGUGAUGAUGGGUUUAUGUCGUGUUUAUCAGCCGUUAAUUAAUGUUAAAUUGUUAAUCACCCGUUGGUCGCUCGCUAAAACCAAAUUAGUCUUCUAAUUCUAGUCACGCCCGUCUUCCACUUUUGCUUACAGAAAAGUGAGGUGUGGUGUGUGAGGCGGAGCUACUCCUACUCUCCCAACUUCCUCUCUCUCUCUCUAUAUAUAUAAUCUAAUUGACUAGUAAUCUUAUUAUUGUUUAGUGAUGUUAGUAUUAGCUAGCUUCAAAAUAAGUGAUUAACUUAUCUUGCCCUAGUAAUUAUUUUGGUUUCUUUAUUUUGUGUAUAAGUUUUCUAGGUAAGAAGAUGUACAACGGAUUGAUUUACUGAGUGUUGUAAGUACCCGUUCUACGAGCACCACAUUCAGUGAUGACGUCAUCAAGUAAUUUUUGAGGUGCCGAAUUGGCCUAUGGCCCAUGUCACUUUUGAGGUCGAGGAAGGAUGACACACUCUACAAUCCUCAAAAACUUAACUGGACCCGACUUGGCUAGUGAGUGUCAUAAGUCAACAUUAGGAUGAUAGUAUUUUGGUUAAGGCCGGUGUUAGAACGGAACGAGAAAUUAACAAUGCAAAAAAAAGUAGGGAACACACAGAAAUUUACGUGAUUCAGUAAGACGAUGUGUGUUAGCUAAUCCACAUGCAAGAGAAACCGAUUUCACUAUAUUUGAUAAGAUACAUAUUAGAACAAGAUUCUCGUGACUUUCAGUCGACAACAACAGAUAGAUGAUCAAACUUAUAGUUAUAACAACAUUGAGGGAGUGUACUCUGAACAAAAUGAAAGGUGAAAGUUGAAGUCAUUGCACGUUUGUGUGUAUGGAGUCAAAGACAUUUUGCAGGAAGUCCUCAGGAUUUCUUUCUUUCUUUCUUUCCGGUCAAAGUUUGGGCUCUCGUUUGCUUUUCCCCCCAUUUGAAUGAACUGAAUAAUAUUAUUGAUUAGUUUUUAAUCUAAUGCACAAUCACGUCAUCAAAUUUGUUGAAUUAAGAUGGUUGAUUUCUGCGGGCUUAUCAACAUUUGGCACAUAACAAGCCUUGAUAUUCCUCUGGUCAAGCCGCUUUUGGGUCCCUUUGGCUCUCUCCUCAUGAACCAAGACGACACACAUAUAAAAACAAUACCCAUUUUCGAGCCUUUUUUAUUUUUGUGAUUUGCUAGCAUGUAGCAUCUCUCCUUAAUAAAGGAUAGAAUUACGGUACAAAAUUCAGAGCUACGAAACCCAUUUUCUUGUUAUCUUUAAUGAAUUAUACAAUUUUUAUUAUGAUUGUAUCAGGGGUGACAUGAUUCAUUAUCAACGAUGAUAAGAUAUGAGAUUUUAUUAGUUUAUGGGAAAAAAGUGAUGAAUUGACGCGCGACUUUAAUCCAACAUCUAACUCUUUUUUUACCAAGAAUUCAGGUGAACAAAUUAAAAUUCCGAGCAGAUAAUAACACAACAAAUGACUAAUAUUCCAAUGUAGGAAACCUUUGUCGCUUAUUGCAACCAUUCCUCUUUUGAUGUAAUCAUAAAUAAAAAAAAUAUUUACUUUUUUUUUCCAAAUGUGUUAGGUAGUGACUUUAUUAGAAGCUUCUAUUGGAUUUCAAUUCUUAUGUUUGUAUUAUUAUCACCAUAGAUAUAUACUAUUGUUAUUCCUAUCUCGUUGUCACUCACUUGCUCUCCAAGAAAAUUACAACACAAGGCUGCCCUAGCUAGCGCACUAUGGAGGAGAGUGAAGCAAUAAUUACUUGUUAUGCCUCAAAAUUCUACCAACUUCACAUCACAUGCAAUAUGACCUUUUGAGAAGAGGGGAGAAAUAUACAAAGUUUGAUCUUUCCACCCCAUAUAAUCAAUCCCUAAAAUGACGAUUAACGAGUAUUGAGUACAAAUUAAUCACUUUCAUUUUGGAUAAUCCCCCAUAUUCGGUAGAAUUGAUUAGCUAUAGGGUUCAAUCGAGUUGAGUUUUUACCUGACUGUCGAGUUCGACUCGCGUAUAUCAAUUAUUUAUUAGUAUGUGCUCGAAUCUAUUUAACGAAGGCCAGUUUGAGUUCAACUUGAAUGAUAACAAUCCGCGUCAACUCGAUAAAAGCUUUUUUUUUUACGAAUAACUCGAUAAAAGCUCACGAGUAAAAAUCCUGUCAAGUUGAGCACAAGUUUGACUUAAAACACUUUUUUUGUUGAAAAGAUGACAAUAUCGGUAUGUAAUUAUAAAUAAGAAAAAAAAAUCGACUAAUAAGUAGACAUUAGAAAGACAAAACGACUAAUUUAACAAUCUAUGAAUCUAAUCUAUUGAGCGUGACUUAGCUCAAACUUAACUCGUUUACGAACGGAUGGAAAGUGGUGGGAUGGUAAGUAAUUGAGGGUUAGAAAAGAAAAGGAGGGGCAAAGAAAAUGAGAGGAAGGAAAACGUCUAUUUCCCGGCGCACGUUGCCAACCACUCCGGCUGGCUCUGGGUAGGUAGUUGGCAGCCGUCCGGCGACAGCUUCAUGUGCUCAGUUGCGGCGGCGGGACCCACUGCACCGGUCACCAUCACUCUCCUCCUCCGCCACCCGUCUCUCUCUGUACAAAAUGUUCUUAUCUUACUAUUUUGUAGCCCACAAAAUGAUUCCUAAAAGAGAAAAGAAAAAAAAUUCAAUUAU